AUGGGGGAAGAACAAGCCAGCAGUGUGAAUGCCGCAGGACAUGCACCCGACGCAAAAGUCGCAACCCCCUCCAUCGCCAUCCCGAAGCCCAAAGUCCCUAUUCCCGGGAUGCGAUCGUCGACAACCUCCAGCUCCACACCACCCCGCGAGUGGAACACGUCGAAACUGGGUCUACGCAUUGGCGCGGACGCGCUCUCAGCAGGCGCGGCAGGCACCCUAGUAGCGCCAAUCAUCACCAUGAUCGACAGGGGCAUCAUCGAGAACGCCAGCGGACGCAACACCCUAGGCGACAGUCUACGCAACUCGUUCCUCGAGCUCCUCACAAAGCCCCACCGGUUCCUCGCCAGCAAGCCGUUCGCGCUCAUCUUCAGCCUCUACUUUGGCACGUACCUCACGGCCAACACCAUCGACACGGCAUCUGCGACUGUGCGCCCCGCGCAGUCUCUACAGCAGCAAACCAGCGGCACAAGCAAGUUUUUAGCGACGAGCACGGCGAAUCUGGCGCUUUGUCUUUACAAGGAUAAUCAGUUUACCAGACUCUUUGCUGCACCCGGGAGUACACCGCGACCUGUGCCCAUGACGACGUUUGCCCUCUUCACCGUGCGAGACUGCCUUACCAUAUUCGCGUCCUUUAACCUCCCUCCACUACUCGCCCCGAAAGUUGAACUCCGCAUGGGUGAAGAGGCCAAGAAAUAUGUUUCCGCGCUAUCAGUCGCGCAGUUUGCUACACCGGCUGCCGUACAGAUAUUUUCCACCCCUUUACACCUUGCGGGGUUGGAUCUGUAUAAUCGACCUGGUGCCCACGUUGGUGGAGCAGAUGGUAGGGCAGCGAGGAUCGUGAGGGAUUGGGGGAAGAGUGCCGCGGCGAGGAUUUGUAGAAUUGUUCCGGCGUUUGGGGUGGGUGGGGUGGUGAAUACGAAGGUGAGGAGGGGGUUGAUGGGGAGGUUGGAGUAG